CUCUAAACUACUUGCAUGUGUCAUUCCUAUUGCUCAGAUCACCAUAGGUGCAGUGUACCUGUAUGACUGCCCCCGGCAGCACUACAUCCCCAUUUACCUGGUGGUAAUGGGGGCCUUCGGCCUGGCCCUAGCCCUGCUCUCUUGCCUACCCUGUGCCCAGGACUCAGAUGGCAUAGACCCCAACCCCCUGAACCACCUCUGCACCACCUGGAGCACCCUGGCCUCCUUCUUCCUCUUCUGCUGGUUCAUCAGCGGUAACGUGUGGAUCUACUCCAUCUAUCAGCCCAACUUCAACCAGACACUGACUGAGGACCCCUACUGUAACAAGACCCUGUACCUGUUUGCCUUCUGGACCACCACACUAGCCUACGUUGUGCUGGGUCUUCUGCUGCUGGGGGGAUGCUGUAUGCUUGUCUGUGCCUUUGUAUUGGGCAAGAGCGACCCUGAUGACAACAGAGCAUGAGGGAGGUGAGGGGAGAGUAGAGGGCAGUAGAGGAUACAGGAGAGGAGAAGAGGGGAGGAGCGGGUGUAUAAUGUUUACCUAACAAACUAGAGAAAACCAAUGGAAUCCAGUUAUCGAUUGGAUAACAACGCAACAGUCUUUUGCGCUAAGUACACCAAGUGUUCGGAGAAAAUGAAAGCAAUCCUGAAAAAAACAUCCUUCUUCAGACAUCCACAUACAGGUCGAAAAAUCCCUGUUAGGUGUAUCAUCUCAUGCAAGACAAACAGAGUAAUCUCCUCACCUGUUCAUGUGGGUAAGCCUACGUAGGAUGUUGUAA